UCCGGUCCUCCGCCCCCGCCCCCGCCGGAAGCACGCGGCGCAGAAAGUAUAAAAUGAAGGCGGGAAGGCAGCGAGGGGGGGGCGUGUCUUGCCGCGUGCUGGGCGCGUCGCUUGUCGGCGGAGUCAGAAAUGGAGUUCGACAUGGAGGUACAGUAGCCCUCCCGCGGGGCCGCGCCCUUUCGUUCGCGUGCCCUUCGCUGCCGCCUCUGCUCUCGAAAAGCCCCUCAGGCGUCGCAGCCGUAAUACGAAUAAUUAAGAAGAAUGUUAAUAAUAAUAAAAAUUAAUUCGAGGGUGGGAGAAGAACUGCAAAGCCAACGCUUGCAAACUAGCUCCUCAGGCAUAAUAAAAAUAAAAUAAAAUACAUGGGCAGGAGAAAAAUUGCCAAGCAAGGUCUUGCAAACUGGCCCCUCAAACAGUAAUGAAAAUUUAAAAAUAUGGGUGGGAGAAAAACUGCAAAGCAAGGGCUUGAAAAUGGCCCCUAGAAAUAGUAAUAAAAAUAUAUAUAUAAUACAUGGGUGGGAGAAGAACUGCAAAGCCAACGCUUGCAAACUAGCUCCUCAGGCAUAAUAAAAAUAAAAUAAAGUUCAUGGGCAGGAGAAGAACUGCAAAGCAAGGUCUUGCAAACUGGCCCCUCAAACGGUAAUAAAAAUUAAAAACUAUGGGUGGGAGGAAAACUGCAAAGCAAGGGCUUGAAAAUGGCCCCUCAGAUGUAAUUAUUAUAAUAUUGCAAAAAAUGCAUGGGUGGGAGAAAAACUGCAAAGCAAGGGCUUGAAAAUGGCCCCUAGAAAUAGUAAUAAAAAAUAUAAAAUGCCAAGGUGGGAGGAGAAUUGCAAAGCAAGGGCUUCAAAAUGGCCCCUCAGAAAUAGUAAUAAAAAAAUAUAAAAUGCAUGGGUGGGAGGAGAAUUGCAAAGCAAGGGCUUCAAAAUGGCCCCUCAGAAAUAGUAAUAAAAAAAUAUAAAAUGCAUGGGUGGGAGGAGAAUUGCAAAGCAAGGGCUUCAAAAUGGCCCCUCAGAAAUAGUAAUAAAAAAAUAUAAAAUGCAUGGGUGGGAGGAGAAUUGCAAAGCAAGGGCUUGAAAAUGGCCCCUCAGAAAUAGUAAUAAAAAAAUAUAAAAUGCAUGGGUGGGAGGAGAAUUGCAAAGCAAGGUCUUGCAAACUGGCCCCUCAAACAAUAAUCAAAAUUAAAAACUAUGGGUGGGAGAAAAACUGAAAAGCAAGGGCUUGAAGAUGGCCCCUCAGACAUAGUAAUAAAAAAAUAUAAAAUGCAUGGGUGGGAGAAGAAAUGCAAAGCAAGGGCUUGAAAAUGGCCCCUCAGAAAUAGUAAUGAAAAAAUAUAAAAUGCAUGGGUGGGAGAAAAAUUGCAAAGCAAAGCAAGCCAUUGAAAACUGGCCCCUCGGACAUAAAAACAACAAACUCAGUGCUACAGUGGUUUCAGUCAACAAACUAAAGUUUCAGUAAUUUCAUCCUGUGAAAUUUAAUGCAUUAAAAAAUUAAUAUAAAUAAAUAAAUAAUUUCGGUGCUGUUUUUCCCAGCUGUUCCUAAGGAGGAGGAGACUUAGUGAAGCCCUUGCAAAGAAGCACAGCUACUUCCUACCUUCCUGUUAUAAAACCCACACUUCCUUAAAUGUUUUAGCAUUUUUAUUCCUUCUACAUGUGGAGAAUUCCAGGCAACUCAUAAUGAAGAUGAAAAAAACACUUUAAAAACACUUUCCAGAAAGGAAAUGUACACUGCACAUGCUCUGAGGCAUUUGUUAGACCCCGUCUCCAGAGAGUCAGCUUGGUGUGCUGUUUGCUGGGCUGGGGUGAAAGUAAGGAGAUAACAGUUAAAAACAUCCCCAUUCAGCUGUGAUGCUCACUGGGUAGAGCACUGAUGGCAAACACACAUUAAUAGUGGGUUAUCCUGGGCGAGUCAACACUUUGCAGCCAAAUCUGCCUCGCAGAGGUGUGGGAAUACAGUGGUGAGGGGGGAGAACAACACGCAGUAUGUCAUGUGAUUCUUGGGAGCCCCUUGUGGAAAGCAUGGUGUAUUACAAGGAGGAAAUAAGGACUCCCUAGUUACAGAGUAUCUUCUAGGAAGGCCUUCUGCGCUACUGUCCUGAUUAUUCACUGAGCACAAGCCUGAUACUGCAGGUGCCAAAUUCCUACGCACUUAAAAUGAUUGGACCCCACUCCUUGUGUAUAGCAUCAGUGCCCUAAUAUUUGUGCAGUGAAUCUACUUUGCAUUACCGUUAACGGCACACAGAAACUUCUCAGCUUCACAGGGAACAAAGCUUUCAAAAUGUUUUCAGAGCAGUUUAGGCGAGUGGACCGAGUUGCUUGCUUCUCUUGGGAUUGAAACCUCAUGUGGAUCCUGCAGUCCUGGUUGUCUGGCACAGACUGGACCAGGAAGGAGUGCCAAGAAGCAAAAGUCGUUAAAGAGCCCAAAGGCAAAAUAGCUAACAAAAGAUGAGAGCCAAUGUGAUGCAAUGGUUAAGAGGGCUGGACUAUGACCUGGGAGACCGGGGUUUGAAUCCCUACUUAGCCAUGAAGCUCACUGAGUUACCUUAGGCCAGGCACCAUCUCAUAGGCAGGGUUAUGGUGAUGAAAUGGGGAGCAGGAGGACCACAUACACCACCUUGAGUUCUUUGGAAGAAAAAGGUGGUGUGUAAAUUAAAAAUAAUGCUGAAAGGAUGCAAAAUAGGCUAGGGACUGAGAAUCAGGAACCUGAGAGGUAUAGGCAGAGAAGUAAGGUUUCAGGGGAAAGGAAGAUGAAUACAGUCUGACUUGGAACUAACCAGCCAUUUUUAUUUAUUUUGGGACUGCAGGUUUCUAGUCAUAUCUAGUAAUAGUUGUGAAUGUGAAUCACUGGAGGAAAUAAUGCAGUAGAAUCUGUAGAUGGGAAUAACUGAGGAAUAUAAACUGAAAUGCUUCUCUCUUUUCUCCCCCCCCUUUUUUUUAAAAAAGCCGUUUUUCUCCGUGGAUGAAUUGGACAUAAUUGACCCAGUUAUGGAAAUAAAAGGUAUAUAAAAUAUUUGCAUAAAACUAAUAUCUUAGGUCCAGGUAAAAUGUUAAAUACUCUGGGCAAUAGCCAUUGCUUCCCUUUCCUCCAUGCUGUUUUAUUUCGUUCCUGCUGUUCAUUUCAGUGAAGCAGUCUGCCCCUCUGCAGAUGAUUUCCUUAGCAGAUUGCAUCUGCCACCCUGUUGCACUCUGUAUUUUAGUCUAAUCCACACCACUGCUUGGAAGGAGAGGGUAAGUUAAGUGAAGGGAGCUGUGCCUUCUCGUUGUUCUUGUCAUAGUUUGGCAUCAUGGUUACUGUAACUUAAUAACUGAAAGGGCAAAAGGGUGUAGUGCAUGUUUUUAAAAGCAUACGUGAAUAUGUCAUAAGCACAAAUGUCCUUAACAAGCAUUAACUCACUAGGUUACCAAAUACACAGGCUGGUCCUAGUGCUUAUGUUUGUUAGGGUUGCCAGCUUACUAAAAUAAUAUUUAAAGAUGCAAGGCACAUUUUUAUCAUGACAAGGGGAAGGCAUAUGGAGGCUGCCUAUGCCAUCUUGUUUGCAUGCUCAGAGGAUGCAGGUAAACAGGCAGGAACAGCAAGGAUGGGGAGAACCAGGGGGCUCCCACUCUGGGGUGUGGGCUUUGGCAGGUGCCAGGCAAUGUCAGCCUAUGAUGCCAACCCUGAAUAGAAGUUCCAUAUAGGAUAUCUGUCUGUUCAGCUUCCCUUGGAAAGCCCUAUUUGUUGCUGGAGUGAUGUGGAGAAAAAAUAAGCUAGCUGCCUUCAGUCUACUUUGUAAUCUUAUUUUACUUGUUAUUUUUCUUUCAGAGCAAAUUGAAGAACUGAUGAAAAAAGAGAUUGUAGUGGAUGUAGACACUCUGCUCGGAAAGACAGAGACAGUGACUAAAGGAUCCAUUACCAAUAUUCAGAAGGUCAAGGUAGACACAGAGACUGUUUUGUUAAAAACAAGUUGGACUGGAAGUUGGGAAGAAUUGUCUUCCUAGAAAUCUGAUUGGUAUUUGGGUGUAGUCUGAUGUUCACUGUUAGAUAAAUUUUUAAUACCCGGCUUUUACUCAGUAAUGAACAGUACAGUCUUUUAAAGGCCUGCUCAAAAAUAAGUCCCACUGAAUUUAAUGUGACUUAUUCACGGGUAAUUGGGUUACUUAGGAUUGCAGCCUGAAACAAUGAGCAAUACAGUGGUACCUCGUGUUGCUUUACCUCCAGGUUUCGGAGUCUUCGGGUUAUGGCUGUGGCAAACCUGGAAGCGGUCCUCCAGUUAUGAAAUUUUCAGGAUACAGCCAGGCCUCUGGAACAGAUCCCAUUCGUAACUGGAGGUACCACUGUAUUAGGAAAUGCAUCUGUGGCCAGAAACAGUCAGAUAGCAGAAGAAACAUCAACAACAUUAAAACAGACCUAAAAUACUGUUACAUGCCACCCCAGUCUCCAGAGAGAAAGAUUUCAGGGGUUCUGGCAUUUCCCCAGCAUUCAGUAUCCUUGGAAUGGAGGUCUGCAGAGACUGUGGUGUCUUUAUAAUAUAUGGUUUUAUUCACAUUUGCAACCUCUACAUAGGAUGGGGGUCACAGUACGAACACUGCAAAAGACCUUUCUUCUCCAUUAGUUGCAGCUUUGCGUCAAGCACAGAUCAAGCAUGUCUUUGUGUCUACAGCUUCCAGCUCAGUUCAGACUCACAUCUCUGGCUAUUGUUCUUUGGAUAUCUGGAAAGGCUUGGUUUUGUUUUCCUAGUAGCUAGGAAGGCUUGCCCAUUUGUUCUGUGGGCACAGAGUGACUUCUUUGGUUAUGCUAAUCGUAGCUCUUAACUAGUCAGUCAAAACCAUUUCCUUAGCAAAGGAAUGCGUUUGGCAAACUGGCUCUUAGGCAUUCUAACCCUGCCCCCCAACGGGCACACGCGCACAAAACACCACAGGUUUGGAGGCGGCACCGAGAAGCAUCUUUUUUGCAUUUGAAUUUUUAUUAAAGCUUGAGAGAACAGCAAAAACAGUACUGUAUACAGAAAUAAAUAUCAAGCAUAUUUUAAACAUGUGAACUUCCCUGAGACCUGUAGGCACAGGGCAGGCAUGUCUAAAGUCCGUUUCGGGGGCCUGACAGUCAGUUUAAUCUGGCCCCUGUGGCAGUUUAUUUGCUAGAGUAAAAUCCUUAAAAAAACAACUUUAGGGUAAAAUUAUAAAAAAAGCUCAACAACUUUGGUUGGCCCUUCACUUCAUCAAAUCUGGCCCUCUUUGAAAAAAGUUUGGACACCACUGGUAUAGGGUGAUAUACAAAUUUAAAUGAUGACGGUGACAAUAAAAAAGAGGAGAAAAUUAAAGCUAAAAGAAAGCCGUUAAAGAUGAUGAGAGAAGGCACAGGGGGUAUCAUCCAGACUGACUCCCUUUCCAAACUCAUAACAAUGUGUUGUUAAAAUGCCUAGAUAAAUUUUAAAGAUGUAUUUGCCUGUGGUCGGAAGCUGUAGCAGAGGCUCAUUCCCUAGGGCAAACGAGGUACCACCCCACCAACCACAGUCCACUCUCUGCCAACCUCGACUUCCUACUUCCAACCAGUCCAAGGGCUGCCAGCUGUCGGCUUCCUCCUCCUCUGCCAUCCCAUUGAUAACCUAGCAGAACUAAGCAGGGAGGAGGAUGGGGACUAAAUUGAAAUAAGUUGUCUGUUCUGUCAUUAGCUCUGGCUCCAUCUGCUGUUUGUCUUCUGCCUGCAGCUCGUGUCCUAGUGGGCACCAUCCACCACUGUAAGAUAAAAGAGUUGUUUUCUAAAGGGUCUCUCUGAAGAAAGCAUUCUGUAAAUAGGGCACCAAAACCAAAAAGUUCCCAUUCAAGUUACCUCAGAAGGGGCAGUCACCUGGUUGUGGGCUCUUGGGGAUCUAUAUGUCCUUGAAAAGUUCAUUCCAACCUUAUGCAUGAGUCCAUGUUAUGCAGUAUUCUUUAGGGUAGAAUGUGUUUGUGGCUGAUAAAAUAUCUUGAUGUGACACAGCUUGUAUGUUCAUGUGUGUGACAGAAGUGAUAAUCGAGAGCGAUUAUCGGAAGGGAGAACAUAUGGUGUCUUCUGUUUUUUUAUUCACUUACAUCGUCAUCUCAGAUCUUUGUAUGGAAAAGGAUGCCAUAAUGUGCUUAACAGUGUGACAAGCUCCCAUUCCUCCUUUUUCCAGUUUCCAGGAGGAUUGUACAGCUCUGAUAAUUGGGAUGCUUUUCGUAGAAAACAUUUCAAAUGGCUUGUAUGGAUUUUGACAGGCUUCAAUUUCCGCCCCCAUAGGUUGAAGAAACUGCACUCAGUUUAUGGAAUUGGACCACAGCAAGAAAUACAAACUGUGUUAUGGCUGAUGUGCAGAAAGUUCAGUGUAUGUAUGACAUCUCUGCCAUAAACACUCAGCAUUUACUGAAAAGAGUAAAAUAUUUCCUGUUACUUUGAAAUUUGUAUAAGUCUCAAAAGGGGGAAGGGGUACUGCAAAUGACAAGGACUCCAGACUUGCUAUGGGUACCACUGCCUGGUUUUGUAUUUUUAAAUGAAAGCACACUUUAUAAUUAUUAUUCUUUAAUUGCCACCUAGAGACUGACCUAAAUUAGGACAGGGUGACUGGUGUACUGAAAGAAGCAUGUCUCACUGGCUAGUAAGGAUGUGCAAAUCUGACAGCCUCAGGUCUCUGUUUAUUAUUUUUCCAGUUUUAAGUUCAGCUCUGCUUAUUUCCACAUCAGUUCAUGAAUACCUUUUUUUUUAAGCCUUCAAAUCAUCAGAUUCUUAGGCUUAGAGCUGGCAUGUCCAACAGGUAGAUUGUGAUCUACUGGUGUUCCUGGUAGAUCCUGGUUGAUCUCUGGCCCCUCAGCGAUCUCCUUACAAAAAAGCCCCCAACUUUGCCUUUCCUAAAAAAGCUCCACAAAUUUGGCUUUUUAAAGAAAGCUCAACAACUUUGGGUAGAUCACUGCCAGUCUUUUUAUGACAAUGGGUAUAUCACUGCCAGUUUUUUAUUCUGUGAGUAGAUCACAGUCUCUUGGGAGUUGGAUGUCCCUAGCUUAGAGUUUCUCCUAAUAUAAACAUUCUUGUAUGCAAUUUUGCCAGAUGUUCACAUUUUUGUGACACAAUUUACCCCAUAUAUGCAUUUUUGUAUCUUUUUUUUUUUGCCCCAGUAUAUGCAUGCUUAUGUGCAUUUUACCCCAGUAUAUGCAUUUUUGUUACACUUUACUUGGUUGCAUAAUUGCAUUAGAAAGUUCAGAGAAGUGCAGAUUUUGAAGUGUGGCUAUGUUUAAGUGCAAACAGAAUCAAAUUUCUUCCCCAUCCCCUACUUGCAAGGAAAUAUGCUGACCUCUUCCAUGUUUAGUGUACUUAGUGGGGUUGACAGCAAUAGAUAACAUAUGUCUGGUGUUUAAGCAUGUGCAUAUUGUUUUACAGUGCUCCACGUGGCCUGCAAACUGAUGAAGUCCUCUGAAGGAGAUGAACCUUCUGAGCAGAAACUGCGGAGGGAGAUUUUGGUAAUUGCAACUAAAUAACAUACUGUUACUCUCUAAAGUUUGAUUCAGCUUCCCAAAAUGUUGAAAAACUAAAUAGCCUAUAAAGUUGCAACUGUUGCCUUUUUUUUCUUAUACUGAUAGAUUUCAGUUGGUGCUACAUGGACCUUAAGAGGGUGCUAGACACAAAGAAAUGGGUUUCAAAGUUUCUUUAAACUUGCCUGGGAAAAUAUCAUAUCCAUUAUUUAGAAAGCGUUUGCAAUGAUUAAACAGUAAUAAUAAUUAAUGACUCAAAUGACGUACCAAAAUGUGUGGUUAGAUGUUUUGUAUUUCACUUCUGUUCUUUUAUAAUGUAUACAAUCAUGGAGUACAAAUCCCAGCCCCUUCCCCAACCAUAAAUGUUCAGUACAUUGUUUUACUGUCUGUAUUGUUCCAUAACUAUGGAACUAUGGAACAAUUGGUAUCUGAAUCUCCAGUCCGGUUGAAUAGCUCUCUGGAGUCCAGUGGAGUUUUAUUUCUUUAACAUCUUAUACCAAGGUAUCCGUCCAUAAGGAGCCAUUAAUUCCUGUCAUUGAGAUCCUUCCUCUUUGCUUACUAAUAUAUGUAAUUUAAUCCAAAGCCCUGUGCUGCAAAAGUCAUCUUCAAAAUCGUUUCUGUUUGUUCUUAAUUGUUCAGUAAGUUUUUUUCUGCCAGUGCCAGGAUCCACACUUGUUUAUACCUGGUUGUUUUGUUUCAAAUAUUUAAAUGCAGGUACAGUGGUAUCUCAGGGACAUGGGUGGUGCUGUAGGUUAAACCACAGAGCUUAGGGCUUGCCAAUCAGAAGGUUGGCGGUUCCAAUCCCCACAACGGGGUGAGCUCCCAUUGCUCGGUCCCUGCUCCUGCCAACCCAGCAGUUCAAAAUCACGUCAAAGUGCAAGUAGAUAAAUAGGUACUGCCCCGGAAGUAAGCGGCGUUUCCGUGCACUGCUCUGGUUCGCCAGAAGCGGCUUCGUCAUGCUGGCCACAUGACCUGGAAGCUGUACGCAGCUCCCUUGGCCAAUAAAGCGAGAUGAGCGCCGCAACCCCAGAGUCGGCCACGACUGGACCUAACGGUCAGGGGUCCCUUUACCUUUACAGUGGUAUCUCGGUUUACGAACAGCCUAGUAUACGACCAUUUUGGAUUACAACCAAUUGCAACCUGGAAAUGAGUGCUCCAGGUUGUGUGGUUUUUUUGGAUUCUGAACGAACUCCGUUUGUGGCUGCACUUCUGUUUUGGGUGCCACACGUCCGUUGUCUGGCAGCGGAGAAGGGGGUCAUCACGGUGUUUCCUGCAGCUGUGAGGGAGAGAGUUGUGAGCCUUCCAACCAUAUGGCUGGCAGGCAUGCAGCUUCCCUCCCAAGCUUCUGCGGGAAUUGCUCUCCUCCCUUGGUGGCAGGGUUGGCGGGGUCACAACUCUCUGCCAAGCCUCUGCGGGAGGAGAGCAGUCCCCACAGAGGCUUUGCCCGCCAGCCAUAUGGUUGGAAGGCUCACAACUCUCUCCCUUGCAGCUGCGGGAAGAGAGCAAGCCCCGCAGAAGCUUGGGAGGGAAGCGUCCCCUCAGCAAUCUGCAGCUCAGCUGCUUUGACAAGAGGGAGAUCUCAAAAGAUCUUGCUGAUUGGGGCAUUGGGCAGAAGUGUCCCCUCAGUGAGUUAGCCGCCUCCUUCCCCCCCCCCACACCCCAUGCAUGCUCCUCAUCCCUUCAGUGUUUUUCCUUCCCUCCCCACUUAAGCCCCUCUCCUGCAUCAAGUUAGCCACCUCCUUUCCCACAAGCACCCAUGCGCGCUCCUUGCUCCUCCAGUUUGAGUGUUUCCACACACCCCUUAAACUCCCCCCUCCCGUCUUGUCCCUCCAAUGGCAAUGGGUAGGUCACUGCCAGUUUUUGAUACUGGAUAGUAGAUUGCAGUCUGGUUUAUUGCUUUCAUUUUAUGGAUCAAUUGUCUCAUUAGAUAGUAAAAUUCAUACAGUGGUACCUCAGGUUACAUACGCUUCGGGUUACAUACGCUUCAGGUUACAUACUCCGAUAACCCAGAAAUAGUGCUUCAGGUUAAGAACUUUGCUUCAGGUUGAGAACAGAAAUCAUGCUCCGGCGGCGCAGCAGCAGCAGGAGGCCCCAUUAGCUAAAGUGGUGCUUCAGGUUAAGAACAGUUUCAGGUUAAGUACGGACCUCCGGAACGAAUUAAGUACUUAACCCAAGGUACCACUGUAUUGAGUUGCUGUUUUAGGGGUUGCUUUUCAUCGUCUGGAGAGGAUUAAACCAUUUUCCAUUACUUUCUAUGGAAAAGCACACCUUGGUUUAAGUCCACUUUGGUUUAAGACUGGACUUCCGGAACGGGUUAAGGUUGUAAACCAAGGUACCACUGUAUUUUAUAAUAAUUCUAAAGUAUUUGCUGUUUGCAGUUUUUUAUGAAGCAGAAUGUCAGGUAGGGUCUACCUCACAUUUAACAAUCAGUUUUAUUAACAUGGCUAAUGAACUACUUUAUUACCACAGUUAAUAAAUUAUAGGUAAUAAACCCGAUGACAGACGUUGUGCUCACAUGCUCCCCUGUUGCUCCUCCUUGCAUGCACCUGCUUUUGACACUUCUGUUACGGCUUGUUUAAACCACAGCUCCCCAUUACACCCAAAAUGGGGAAUUGGUUUAUUCCUGGCUUACUUUCUAGGAUAUGAAAUGGGUGUGGCUUCAUGUCCUGAUUAGUAGACCAGUACUGCACCACUUCCCUAGUUUGGUAUAAACAAAUUGCAGUAGUCCUCCAUCCAAAUUGAAGUCCCAGGUCCUGAGCACUGGGUAGGGUAGUUGCGUGCAACAAGAUUAGCCACAGGCUGGGAUCCAAAACAACAGCACUUGUCAAGAGCCAAAGGAGCCUCCAAAACAGGAAGCCCAGGAGAAGCAAACAUCAAAAGGUCAUAAACCAAAGUCCAUAACUGAGUGCAGUACAGAAUACUUGAGUCAUCGCACAUAGGUUUGGAGGUCGAGCAAAGAAGUCAGGUUAGAAAAGUCUGGGAGCUGAAAGAUGUGUAUUGCUUCAGCAGCUGCUAGUCAUCAACUGAGAACUUGCAUAGUCUGGUCUCUCAAACUCCAUCCAGGACCAAGUGCAUUUAAUUCUGCUCUUGAGCAGCCCUUUACUGCCAAGGAUCACCUUGCUCAUGAGCUGCUAUGUUCCUCUGAGUUUCCAUGUAGGGGGUCCUUUACUGAGUGGCCACCUGACCUUCCUGGCAUGCUGUCUGGAGCUGGGAGGUGAUUCAGACUCAGACUGAGAAGCAUAUGAGUCAGGGAACCUUCCUUUGGGUCCUUCCAGGACAGCCUCCAUGGAUAUUGAGGCCUUUCGGACCAGUUCUGGAGUUGGACUGCUCUUUCCUCCUGGGAAUCUGGGUCUUUUUAAGAGGUUGAAUCGUCCUGAGUCAGGUUAGAGCCUGGCAAGAUACCAGAAAAGUUGCCCUGCACUGCCAGACCAGUGGUCCAUCUAGCUCAGCAUUGUCUAGUGCUGGAUGGCAGCGAUGCUCCAUGAUUUCAGAAUGCAGUCCUUCCCACUCCCAGUAGUGCUGUCCGGGAAGGAUGUGACAGUUGCACUUAAGCAGGUGCACAGAGGCAUGAGCUAUGCAUGAUGGGUGAGCAUGCAGGUUUGAUUCUUGGUCUCAGCUCAAAAAGCCAUAAGCCAGGAUCACGAUCUCUAAUUUAAACCAGCCAAACUGUUGUAAAGGUCUCUCGAUUCUGUUAUUCUAUUGAAAAUAUGUACUGGUUUUGUAGGAUUCCAUAGAGGCCAAUGUCCAUGUUUUGUUUUAAACUUACGAAUUUAUUUUAUGAUCCAGAUGGCUACAAAGACUGGGAAAGGCUAUGCGAAUGUUGGAAAAUCUGAUCUUGCCAAUGAAUUUUUUGAGAUUGCUUUGGAUGUAAGUUUGUGCCUUCCUGUGCAAUAAUGUUUUUUUUGGUGUGUUUUUAGCAAAUACCAUGGUUUGUUGGUUGUUCUUAAGCAUAUUACCUGCUUCAUUUUGCAGAGUCUGAAACAACUGUACGUUCUGCUGAAAAAGAGGAGUCCUAGAGAGAUUGAUAUUGGUGAACACAAAUCUGAUAUAGAGAGCGGCAUUUUCAAAAUUAUCUCUUUCCAGGCUGAAUCGGUACGUUGGUGCAAAAAAUAAAUGCCACGCUGCUGUGGUAGUGCUAUAGCAAUGUAAUGAGUGUUGUCUUCAUUCGUAUUGUUCAUAUGAUGUGCUUUCUGCAGUUCAAUGGCUUCCAACAUUUUUAAUUCAUAGAACUUGACACAUUCUUUCUGUGAACGUGUUUCCAAUACAAACAUAGUUUUCUAGAAUUUUGAAACAUCAAUUUAAAAUUGACCUGUGGCACAACGUAGCAGUUUACUGGCCUCUUCUUUUGCUUUCUCAGGCAGUUGCUGAAGGAGAUCAUCAGAAAGCAGUCACAUGUGUUCUUCAGUGCAAAAACAUCCUGAUGAGCCUGCCACAAAAGGUGAGUAGCCAUGAGACUGUCUUUAUAAUAGUUUUUAAUGCAUUUGUACUCUAUUCUGUUGCAGUGGUGCUUCACUGAAAAUUAGGGGAAAUGUUUCAACUGUUCCACACACAUCUUGGCCUUUUAACACAGCAGUACUUGAUAAACAUUUGUUUCAUAUAUUUGCAGACCUGUUACCUCUCCCGCCUGUGCUAUAACUUUGGUGUGGAAGAAUACACACAGAAGAGAUAUGAAGAGAGUUCCUUUUGGCUCUGGUAAUUUCAUGAGUAGUCUUUUGUUUAUUCAGUAUAUAUUUAUAAAAAAUACUUAUGUACCACUAUUGAUUAAAUAAUUGGAGCGAUUUACAGUGGUACCUCAGGUUAAGAACUUAAUUUGCUCUGGAGGUCCGUUCUUAAGCUAAAUGGGGCCUCCCAUUGCUGCUGCCGCGCGAUUCCUGUUCUCAUCCUGAAGCAAAGUUCUUAACCCGAGGUUUCUGGGUUAGCGGAGUCUGUAACCCUGAAGCGUCUGUAACCUGAGGUACCACUUAAAAACCAUUUAAAUCUUAACAUCAUAAAUUUUUAUUGAAAGAUGCCUUCUGAAGCACCUGCAUAAGCCUGACUGAAUAGAAAUGGUUUCCGCAAGCAUUAAAAUGUUGCAACAGAAGGUACCUGCCGAUAGCAUAUGCUGCCCUUUCCUCCCAAAAAAGGACAAGCAGGCUUUUUUUUUUCUUCUUCUUCUAGGCUAUAGAGAUAGAAUGUCCUGUCUAGGAUAUACCAAAGGCAAACAAGCGUUGGUUUGAAUUGUGUCGUUUGGCACCAUCUAGUGGCUUAAAAAGUUGUUUGCAAUUGCAGAAAAUCUAGUCUUGUGAGAGCAUUUUUCCAAGGGAAGUUAGCAUGCAUUUGGAAGGUGGAGACAGCAGCUUGGGUGGUUUGAUGAAGAGAAGCAGUGACCCGAGAGGGUACAGCAACUCUUUCCCUCUGCUGCUGCACUCCAGAUUGAACCCUCCCAAAGCUGCUUUUUUCUUAAAGGAAGCAGACAUUAGACCAAAGUUGAGGAACCCAUGACCUGUCAUGGCCAGUGAACAGGGGAUUGCACCAGUACAGUCACACUUCAUGUUGCAUCUGCUUCAGGUUACGUGUUUUCAUGUUGCGUCCCGCGGCAACCCUGAAGUACCAGAAUGGGUUACUUUCAGGUUUUGUCGCUCACGCAUGUGCAGAAACGCUAAAUUGUGCCGCAUGCGUGCGCAGACGCGGCAUUUCGGUUUGCGGCAGUUCUGUGUGGAACCCGGAAUGGAUCCUGUCUGUAACAUGAGGUUCCACUGUACAUCUUUUAAAGUAAACAGUGUUCACAGAAAAGCUCCAUCAUGAAUUUAUUUCUGGUAGAGGAAGAGGUGAACAAUCUUGAAUCCCAUCUUGUCCCAAAAUAUAAUUCAUGUUGGAUUUUAAGCAGCUGACUAGGUUGCUUAUUUGCUGGUACGUUUGCUGACAUAGGCUCUAACUUGUCCCUUGAGAUGGCCGGGACAGGCUAGGACACUUAUUCCUGACAAUAUUCAUUUAUGAGUAGACAGCCAGCUUCAAAUUUGCCAUUUGAAAUAAGACUUGAACACUUUCAUGUGAGCUGAUUAUUCAUACAUGGGCCCUGGAUUUUUCUUUCAACUAAAAUUUCAUGGAGGACUUUUAAGAUGGAGCAGAUAGCAAAAUUGGGGAGAUGGGUCUAUGACUGAAGAGCCCUCCAUGGAGAGGAGGACCACCUACCAUUCAGAGCAUUGGGGAAUCUUCAGGUGAUUAGUAAAUGACACUCCACUGCCUUCACCAUCUUUGCAGUGGAUAAUCUACAGUAUAAUUUCUUCACUGUGGAACAUUGCAUGUAAAACAAUAAGAGAAAAAUUGGUACCGUGGACUGGAUGUAGUUAUUCUUACACAGUAUGCUAUUUCCUGUGAAUAUAGCCAAGUUGGGUCUUUUCUAUGCUAUGAAUAAUCAGCUAGUCUGUUGUCGGUUUCCCCCUUUUCAACAGCCAGAGUUACGAAAUUGGAAAGAUGGAUAGGAAAUACUCCAAUGGAAAAGCAAUGCAGGUGAGAAAUCUUUGUAAACCACAUGUAGCCCAAUGGAGGAAUCCUUUUUCCUUUGGGGUUAGAAGUGAUUCAUUUAUGCCAGCCUUUUGAGCUUAUAUGUUCAUUUAUUUUUAAUUGUAGGCUAAAGUACUGCGGUUACUAAGCAAUGUCUAUCUGGAUUCGGGAAUAAGAGGUCAUGAACACAAAGCUCUUGUGGCUGUCACCAUGGCCAAUGAGGUGAGGGAGCAAACAGCUAUUUGAAAGACAUGGGAUUGAGUGAUUUGCUUGUGCUCUAAGCAUAUGGAUUGGAUUUGUUUCUGCUGAGAGUUAAGUGCUGCAAUCAGUGGAGCUACUCCAGAAACAGUAUCUUUCCCCCAAGCCUCUUUGCUUUUAUCACUAAACUCUACAUUUCAGUCUGAAACAAAAUUUUGUUCUAUCUUCAUCUUAUGACUCAAACAACCUGCAAACAAGGGUUCACCAUUAAACUUAUAUUUGGAAGCAUUCGUUUUUCCAUUAACUCCCCUCCUGGGUAAUCUUGAACUUUUGGUCUGCAGAAGAGUCCUCUGUAACUUGAAAGCUUGUAUACUGCAUUGUGAACAUUGUUUGAUCUUAAUGAAAAUUUUGUCACUGACCCUAAGAGUUAUGUUAUAUUGAACCAUUAUGGCUGUAUGAUUUUAGCAGGAACAUAGGGUUAUGCAGUGAUUUUGACACAAUGCAUCUGGUUUUCCAUGAAGGUUGUGCACAGUUGCCAGACAUUUAAGACUUCUUACACGGAAUGGAGAAUUCAGGGUUGCCUUACAAGGUGUGAGGCCCUUUGCCGUUUCACAUAGAGACAUGAGAAUUCAGGGCUGCUCUGUGCAGCAGCUUUAUUAGCAGUGUAGUACCAAUUCCUACUCUCAAAGCAAUAGCUGCAUAAUGUGCUUGGAAGAGUAAUUUACCUGCUAUUAUUGCCCUGUCCAGGGGCAAAGGAGUCUUUUCCUUUUAUCCCCUUUUCCCCUUGUAGCGGCAGAGUGAGGGAGUGGCUUCCAUCCUUCUUUGCUCCUUCUUAGUUCAUCUAUCUCAGGGGUCAGCAAACUUUUUCAGCAGGGGGCAAGUCCACUGUCCCUCAGACCUUGUGGGGGGGCCGGACUAUAUUUUUUUUGGGGGGGGGGGGCAAAUGAACAAAUUUCUAUGCCCCACAAAUAAGCCAGAGGUGCAUUUUAAAUAAAAGGACAUUCUACUCAUGUAAAAACGCAGUGAUUUCCGGACCAUCCAUGGGCUGGAUUGAGAAGGCGAAUGGUCCAGAUCCAGCCCCAGGGCCUUAGUUUGCCUACCCAUGGUCUGUCUGAUCGUGGCCGAUGCCAGCGUGGGAGUGGUGUGGGGAAGUAUGGAGUUUCUUUGUUUUGUUUACAAAUGAGCAGAUGUGUUUGCACACCAUACAUUUAAAGCACAUAACUUCCCCCAAAGGAUGCUGGGAACUAUAACUUUGUAGGGGUAAACUUCAGUUCCCAGGAUUUUUUGGGGAAGUCAGGUGUUUUUAAUGUAUGGUGUGAAUGCAGAGAGCGAACAGCAUCCUCCUUCACCCCUUUAAACGAUCUUUGGUGUCACGGGCAGCUGAUACUCCUGGGGUCUCUGCUAUCUCAGAAGAAGACGGGAUAUUGGAGACAGCAAAGAGGCACUUUCUCCUCUCCCACUCUCCAUAUGAGAAUUCUGAAAAAAAUAAAGAAUAUAGUUUUGAGGCUCUGGGAUGAGAAAUUAUAAUCGCAAUGCUGGCUGACUUGUUGCUAAGGAUGUUUAAAAUUAUUCUAGGAGAUUAUUUAGAAUAUAUAUUUUGGGGAGUGCUGAUGAGAGGGCCUUGACAUUCUUUCAGAGUUAUGAAUAAGCUAAGCUCUGACAGCAGCCAGUUAAAAAUAUCCUGAAUAUGGUGAAGAAUAGUUUGGCUGUCAAAAUAAUGUCUUGAUUUCUUGAUUUACAGGAAGAUUUGCAUCCAGCUGGUUUGUUCUUGAAAAUUAGGAUUCUCCUGAAAGGUGAUGUUCUAGAGGCAGAACUCGGCGCAGGUACCACCCUUGGUUCAAAAUAAGUCACAUGUGGCAUCAUGCCUGUAAAGGAAGGUUGAGUUGUGAGGGAAAGUGCCAGGACUGUUUAAUCUAUGGCAACAGAGGCAACUUCAUUUUAUACUGCGCGGUGUUUUAGUUGAUGAGCCUCUUCUGUUUUUAACAAAGAGUAUGAACUGCAAAGUAGAAAAAUGGCUGUUUACAGUACAGGUGCUUGCACUCUCAGUCCAUAUUCACCCAAGUGAAUAUUUUCCUUCUUCAGUGCCAUUAGCAUAGAUUUUGAGGGAUAUUUGUUUUUAUACUAUGCACAUUCAGUAUUUUCUGAGACCCCACCCAAGUUAAUCAAAUCAGCUACAAUCCUGUCUAUCUGGAUUCUGUGAUUAGCACUUGGAAAUCAAAACCUGAACAGUACUGAUGUUUCUGUUUGUCUGAUUUUAUCUUCCUCUCCACCCUUUGCUUUCAGUGACACACUAACCUUGCCACUUCCUUCCCUCUCCAGCUAUUGAUGAACUUCUGCGUCAUGGGUUCACCCUAGAUUUUUUUGUGGAUAUAGCAAAACUGCUUCUGGAGCAUGAGAGGUACAGCUAUCUAAGGGAUCCUGACCAGUAGUAGUUUUUCAUCAAGCAGAAUAGUCACUAAGGAAGACAAAGGAACUCAAAUUAUGACAUGGCUUGUCAUGGUAGAAUUCCUUAAGAGAAAAAUUACAGGAGUAUUGGGAAUGAUGAGAAAAUAAAGGGGCAAUGGCUCUUUCAUCUGGGCACAUUUAGGUGCUCAAACCGUUUUGGAGGUCUGUUUGGGUGAGCAGAUUGAGGCCUGCAAUUAGUAUUAUUGCAGGUGUACAUACAUUUGGUGUAUGCAGUUCUAAACGGUCGGUUGUCAGGAUGGCAGUGUUUCAUGAAGCUUUUGGUGUGAGAGCAUCAGAGAGUGACUGAAAUUUUCUCCCUUUAGAGGGCAAUGUGGGUGGAUAGGAAUCUAGGUUCUUUUGCUAUUGGAAACUCAAUUCAUGAAUGCUACCUGCUUUUCUUGUUGCCAGUGACUGGCAGUCCAUAUGCCCAACCUGUUUGCAUGUUCUUUACAUAUCUAGGCAGACCACCGCGCUAGACUUUUUGGACUCACUUGCUGAGAGGUUUAAAGGAUUCCCAGAUUUUGGCAAAAUCAGUCUUCUUCAGAUUGAACUCCUGAUACAGACAACGAAUGAGUCGCUUGCCCAAAAUAUAAUUGAAGGUGUUAUUGCAGGUCUGUGCCAGUUUUCUUUUGAUGCUCCUUGGUGGUAACUCAGUAAAAAGAAAAAAUCAUAUUGGUCAGGCCUGUCUAAAAGGGGCAGUUUUUAAGAGGUAUCUGAGAGAAGGCAAGGGGUGGUUUCUGCCAAACAUCUACUGGCAGGGAGUUUUACAGGGCAGGGCCUGCACACUAAACGCUCAGUCCCUGAUGAAGGCCAACCCCCAGAAGUGUCCCAUCAGAGGAUUUCAGUGACUGAAGGGGAGAAUAAGGGAUCAGGUGGUCCUUAAGGGGCUUCAGGCUCAGUAAUGGUCCCCUUCCCCUUGUUGCAGACCCCAGGCAGCAACUUCCUUUUUUGCCAUCCCACAUGCCAUUCCAGUUCAAGAUAUAGGAACUUCGGGAACUGGGAGCCCACAAAUCAAUUUCAGCAGCUCCAUAUGAUAACAGUUAAGGCCAGUUAGUUUCUGUCUCUGCCCAGUUAUUAACAAUGACCUAGGCUUCUAAACAAAUGUAAGCUGGUGGGUUUGUGGGGAAAGGGGGGCAGAGGAAGGUGGUUUUGAAUCCCUGACCCACUUUUCCACUGCAAAUCCUGUCGUCCUCCUCUUCCCUGGCUGUCCUGUCAGGAAUGGGCCACACUGGUUCAGGAUAUAUCAAUAUUAUCUUAAGCAUAUUUGCUUGGGUGAAAGUAACAGGUAGGACUUAACUUUGAUUGAGCAUUCUUAGAACCAGGCUUUAUGUAAGAUGCUAAGAAUCCAGCUUUAGAUAAGGUCACAUUUUAGUUUGGCUUUGAGGAUUUUUAAUAGAGUGCACUUUGCUCCUGUCCUUGCAAAUAUGUUUGAUGCUCUAAAAUUGGUGAAGUGCUGAACUUUGUCUCCUCAGACCACAACCAAGGAAAGUUUCUGCGUCCUGAAACACUGGAUCACCUGCACCAUGUUCUGUGGGACAGAGCUACCAAGUAUUAUAAGGUUUGGAGCCAUGCAAAGUUUUUCUUUUUGUUUUCUUCUUGCACUGACAGGGUAAGGUUUAAGGUGCUGGUUCUAACCUUUAAAGCCCUAUUCGAUCUGGGACUCUUGUACCUAUGGGACCGCCUCUCCUGGUAUGCCCCGCGGAGGACCUUAUGGUCCACAAACAAUAACAUCUUGGAGGUCCCGGGCCUCAAGGAGGUUAGACUGGCCUCGACCAGGGCCUUUUUGGCCCUGGCCCCAGCCUGGUGGAAUGCUCUGUUGCAAGAGACCAGGGUCCUGCGGGACGACAUCAUUCCACAGGACCUGCAAGACGGAGCUGUUCCACCAGGCCUUUGGUCGGGGCUCAGUCUGACCCCUCUCCUUUUACAAGACCCUGCAUACAGGUGGCCUCUCUAACUCUUCUCACUGGCUCAUAUAAAUAGCUGAGCCUGGUGAGUACCUAAGGUUCCCAACCCCUAUAGUUAUAGUUAUAAUUUGCUGGUAGCCAUCUGAUCUUAUUUUGAUUUUAAUCCGAUUUUAAGCUGUAUUUCAGCCGAUUGCUAAAUUUUAUGUCUUAAUGUAUUAUAUAUUUUUGAUGUUAGCUGCCCUGAGCCCAGUUCUGGCCAGGAAGGGCAGGAUAUAAAUUAAUUUUAUUUUUAUUAUUAUUAUUAUUAUUAUUAUUAUUUGACUACCGCAUGUGGUUAACUCCUUAUGUAUGGUGAAUGCAAGCAGUCUGUGGGCUGAACCCUGAAUGUAGCAUUCCUUUGGAACACCUUCCCACUCACCCUGCACUUUGCCAAUAUUUUGGGUAUCUGAGCUUUCAAAAUAAACAGGUACAGGAAUGAGUUUAGCAGACAUGGACUGGUUAUGAAAUGAAAUAAAGUGCAGCCUCUUUCAUUUUUUAUACUCAAGGUUCCUAAGCCAGUAUUUUUCAAGGGCUGUGUUAGUGGUUUUCAGCAAGGAUUGUUGUGCUGGAUUGCAGUACAUACCUUUCAAAAUGCAGGUGGUUCCCCAACUCUGAGAUCUAAAUAAUCAGUGUUAUCCUAGCCUGCUUGGCUUUGAGAAGUCACCAUGCUCUCCAGCCUCCUAUUGAUGAAAAACAGAAUAACUGCAUACUUGUUCACAACCCAUGAGCUUGGAACUCACAGAAUACAAUCAGUUUAAGACACAAUGCUUAUUUUCUAGGAAGGAAAGUAUUAUGAAGCCCUUGAGUGGUACACUUACUCAUUCAAACUCUGCUCAGGCAGACAAAUAGAGAGCAACAUUGCAAGUUUGGAAAGGAAUAUGGCUGCUUGCUUUCUUCGCUUGAAAGAGCCUCUCAAGGUAUUUCUCCAGCCUCAGGUGCUGAUGUUUUUUCCAAUUUAACCUUCUCCAUGAGCUUAUGGAAAGUCUUAAAAUUUGCUUCUGUUUAAUAUUAUCAGGCCUGGGGAGUUUUGUGGGGUGGGGGUACGGGCAAAUCUUCCUUUCGAAAUGUGGGAGAUGUAACAGCCAAACCUAACAUUGCUUAUUCUUGCUACAUAGUAAGAUUAGGGGCUGACUGCCACAGAGCUGUGUGGCUGAUUGGCAGACACUCAGACCAUAGAAGUGCAAUUAGUAGAGUGUGUGACGUCAUUUCCCUUCCUCUCUUGAGUGGGAACAGUCAAAGAUGUAUUCCCCCCGCACCCCCUCUUUGGCCAGCUGUGCAGGAGGACGGAUGUCCACUUGCUCCAGAUCAGGCAGUAUGCCUGAGACUGCUUUUACUGUAAAUAUAUGUAUUUUACUGCUGCUGUAGCUGAGAACCAGUGCAAGACUAUGAGUAAGUGUAUCAUAUUUUAAGGCAGCUUCCAGUUGUCUGAUUUCUUUUUUAAGGAGGGUAAACGAAAAGAGGAAGUCGGCUCACUUCGCAGCUGGACUUAAUUAAAAGAAGGCCUGACAGCCAAUUCCUUUAAUUUUGCUGCUAAGGGUGGGACUUUUAAACUCUCUUCAUCCCACACACGUGGGUGCCCGGAGAGAUAAAUUGCAGUUAAUAUAUCCUCUCCUAUCUAUUAAAACCCAUCCCGCAAGAAGGAUGUUUUUUCUUUAUUAAUUUAAUGUUGGAGAUGUAUGUUAUGCCAGCCCAACAAAAGGUUGUUAGGAGCAAGGGCUGCAAUCAGGUUUUGCAUGUCUUGUCAUCACCACCCAGUGAUGGAAAUCAUUCGCCUUCAGAGAGGGAAGGGUACUUGUCCAAAUUCCUCCUUGUGUUUAGGUUAUUAAAGUUUAACAUUAAUUCAUCUGAAAAAUGAGGUUUCUCCUUGCAUAUAUUCGUGUGGUAGUUGAUAGCUGAAGCUAUGGUUCUAUCACCCGUGUGGUCUGUUGCAAAGGCACAGAAGACUAUACUGCAAACACCUAAAGGAACAUCAUUUGCAGCCCAGGCAACUGUGUUGCAGCCAGUUCUGCCUUGCUCGUAGAAGCUCUUGGCAUCCUCUGACCCUCACCUGUGGUCACAAACUUGUGCUUGCACUUGACUACUCAGGAAACAAGGCUGUGUGCAUGGCCCUUCCUCACGUGGUUCCAAUUCAUCUCCCCACCUCAAAAGUCUCUAAUAGGAAGCUCUCAUGUGCUGCUUGUUCUUUUCACCUGCAUAGUUGCAGCAGCCGAGGCAGCCCCUUUUGCUAGAAACCUACAGUGCACAGCAGAGCAUUGGAUUGCGCUCUUGUUCUAUUUAUUUGCAAAAGUAUUUACACGCCACCCUCUUGCCAAACAUCAGUAUAUAGCAACAUAGUAACAACACAAAGCAAUCACUCAGGCAGCUGGCUUGGCUGCUCGAGAUAUUUUAGCAUAGAACUUGCGAGACAAAAUGCCCAACUUCUGAAUGAGGCCAGCUGGGCCUCUGUAACAUGGGAGACAACAGUGCUGCCCUAGAUGACGUCAAUGAUCAGGCUGGAAUAUAAGGGCUCAGGUUAAGAUAUCCUGGACCCCACAUUAUUCAGAGCCUUGCCUAUCAACACGAGACUUCAACCUGGACCAGUAGCUGCAAGCCUGCAGUGACACAUUUUAAUGAAUUCAAUGGGAUUUAGUACUGAGCAGGCAUGCCCAAUCUAAAUAUUAUUAAUUAUUUCAUACUACUUAACAGACUGUCGCCAUAUGUAUGCAUUCAAACUGUGCACAGUUAAAAGUAAUUUAUUUGUUAUAUUAUUAUUAUUAACAACAACAAAAACUGGCUAAAGGGUAACCCUAAAUGAAGCAACAGAACAGUAAGUUUUUUGUCUUGCGCGGUUAAUCUAACCUCAUGAUGAUAAUAGUUUUUCUCUUUGGUUUUUGAACCCCCAAGUCAAGGGUUGCCAACAGCUUCAAAUAUAUAGGCACAUUUUGAAUUUUGAGCGCGUACGGGGGUGCCAGUCACAAAAUGGCUACCACAAAGGAGGCGUGGCAUAACACAAAAUGACUGCUUUUGUCAUAUGAUACAAAAUUAGAGACAACCUUAUGUUUACUAUUGGACGUCAACCAUGUCAUGCUAGUCCUUAUUAUGUAGAUGACACCCACCCUCCCGGAUACUGGUGCUGCCUAAUAUAGGAUCAUACUUGUAGUGUUGGAAGAGACUCUGAGGGUAAUCUAGUCCAAUCCCCUGCAACAGAAAACAUUUCCUCAGGGCCAGGAAAGAUAUACGAGGUAGCCGCACACCAUUUUCAUUUCACAGAAAUCACUUAGAACAGACAUGCACUUUUUGCUGCCUAACUUUCUUUCUAGGAGGGCUAGAGACUUAAAAAAUAAAAAUAAAAUAAAAUAAAGCUCGAAACCUGGGGCACCUGCCCAGGACCACCACUAGAAGACUUCCUGGAUGCCAGGAUGGUGGCUCUUGCCCUAAGUUCUCUGUGAAAUGAUGUAAAUAAUAUCAAUGUGUUCCGUGCAUCCUGUGUGUUUAAUUGUUGUUAGUUGUCCUUGCUUUAAUACUUAAUCAGCAAUCCUGCUAAUCCCUCUGUCUGCAGGCUAAGGAGGCCUUGAAGGAAGCAGAGAGGCACCAUCCCAACUGCAUAUUCACUUAUUUUUAUUUCUAUAAAAUUGCCAUCUUGGAGAACGACGUGGCAGCAGGUAAAAACAGAAGGUGGUGGAAUAUUUAGUCAUAUUUUCUGCUUUGGGAUUUCCUAUCUUGCCCAGGAGGACUUAGAGGUAAACGUGGGUAGGGAACUUUGGGUUCUGUAGUUUUCUGUCCUUAAACUCAUUAAACAUUACAGCUUCUAACUUCAGCAAGCUGUCUCGUUGUCUUCUCUAUACUUGUCCACAGCUAUAUUUGUAACAAUACCGCCUUCUACAGGAAUAGAUUUCUGUUGUUGAAAAGGGUAUGCAAGUUACGCAGAGGAAACUCUGCUUUCUGCCUCCCUUCUAUGUAGGACUGCCAAACAGGUGUAGUGAAGCCACAACCACCCACUUUUUACAGUGUGGAUUUGAGCCUAUGGAAAUUGAAACCUAGAGCAUCUUAAAGGGGAGAGAGACAGGCCCAUGUCACAUCCUAGCAAUGAAGUAGUGAAUGGUCAGUGUGAGUGGGAUUGCCCAACAUUAUCUCAUGGAAUAAUAGCAUGCUUGAGCAACUUGGCUUAGCAUUCUUGAUGUUACAGAGGGACAGAAUUCACUGGCAAUUAUAGUGACGAGAUCUGAGGCUUUGGAAUCUGUUACGUCAGAACAUGUCAUCUAGCAGAAUGAUAAGGGGGCUACAGAGGUUUCAAGAUUGUGUGUUUUUAUUACUCACUUAUUGCAUUUAUAUCCCCUUUAUAUCCUCUAAGGAGCUCAAGGUAGCCUACAUGAUUCUUCCUCUUCCCAUUUUAUAGGUCUCCCAGGUCCUAUUACAUCACUGUAUGACUGCAGCACCAUACUGGCUCUCUGUUUUGAGUGCCACGGUCAGUGACACUCAUCUGGGAAUGCCAGUAACUCUCUCUUAUCUUAGAAAAGAGAUACAUAGUCAUGAUUAGAUAAGGGUUUCCUAUAUUGAUAGCAUGCUUCUUUCCUGGUUGCAGUUAUUGGGAGUAUUUAUAUGAAUGCUAACUGUAACUAUUAUCCCUAUGUGUGUAUACCAUCGGUGGUUUUGACCACAGUUAUUUGGUCACGUAUUUGGAAUCAGGAUGGUAUAUUUGAGGAUUUCAAAUAUACCACGUUAAAUCCAAGUUUGUUUCUUUGUGUAAGGAUGAGAGUUGCUUUUUAGAGAACUUUUACACUUGCUACAGUCUCCAAACUGAUUUGACUAGCAAGCCACUCAGAGAAAUCUUUCGGAGUGAGGAGUAUCCGAACUCUUAACAUGCUGGUUCAUACAGUAGAAUCACGUUACAAAAGCUAAGGCCAUAAUAUCAUCUUGAGGACCAGUGCUAUUUUUCUAGAAAAGGAGAUGUCAGAACUCACCAUGAGUGCUUCCCUUGUUUUCCUAUAAUGGGCAACAGUGCCCACUUGAGAGGUGAUGGAACUGAGUUCCAGUGAGUUCCAGCUGAAAAAAGCCCUGCUGAGAACUGUGGUUUGUUAAAGGUGCCGAGAAUUAUACCCCAUGAGGAGAAAGCUGCAGUUCCCAGAAUUUUUGGGUUGAAGUCAUGUGCUUCAAAUGUGUGUUGAAGGUGCUUGAAACAUGUGGUGUGGAUCUGCCUGUUUACCCCUGGACUUUGCUGAGCUCAGCUCACUGUCCUCUGUGCUGUAGUGAGAUGCAUGAUAUCUCCAGUUACAUUAGAGUUGUUAUUUCUAUGAGUUGCAUCUAUGCAUAUAGCUCAGCGUAUGCAGAUCUGUCCUGGUUUGUCCUUGCUUUUGGUUAUACAUACAGAGCUAAACACACUCCAUCUGUGGAUUAUUUGGCAAAAAAAUGGAAUGCCUGGCCUUUGAAGGGAUCAGAUUAGGGGUUUAGUAACCAUAGUAAUGAGCACAGUGGAUAGACAAGCCAUGUACUUUCACAACUAUAGGAGCACUUUGUUGCCUCAGGAUAGGACACCUGUAUGCCUUGAACAACCAGCUGCUGAUCUGAGAAACCACAACCACUCUUGUAUGAACUAGUACAGCCUAUCAUUAAUGUCUUCCCUGUUCCUUCACCUCCACCUUCUUCUUCAUUUUUUUAAGCUUCCCAUGCAAUUGAUGAAAUGGAAAGGGCUGUAACGGACCCAGACUCAACGACCUGGAUGUCAGAACAAAGUUUGGCUAACCUCCUGAAAUUAGCUGCCCAGUUUGCUUUAGAGGUAAAAAAAAAAAAAGUUGGGGGGCUUCUGUCCUGAUUUUCUGUCCUGAUUUUUGUAUAAGUGAAGCACCUGCAGCUUGUCUUUCUUUAUUAAACUUCCGCAGGUCUACUUUGCAGAGAAAUGCAUUGGGUCUACAAAAUUUGGUUUUCUUUCUCUGGCUUUGUUCUUAGUAGCCCUUGCUGGUGUGCAUGCGCACAUAAAUCAGUGUGUGGCAUUUGACCCCUUUCGCUUCUGUGGGAGAGCUCCCACUUACAAGAGUAAAUGGGUUUAAUAAAUACUUCCAUGGUUGCUUGAGAUCGGGUACACAAAACAGACUAACAUAUCCUGGGGACGGCUAUAGCUCAGAGUCUGCUUUGUAUUCAGAAGGUCCCUGGCUCAAUCUGCAAUGGCACCUGAAGUUUGGGGCGCGGCGCCUGAAAUCCUGGAGAGCCACUGCCAAUUUGCAUAGGCAAGAUUGAGGUCAAUGGGCCAAUAGUCUGACUCAGCAUAAGGCAGCGUCCUACAUUCCCAUGUCUCUCCCAGCGCUACCUAGGUAUCUAGAUUGCAGAAUUGUAGCAUUGGAAGGGAUCGCAAGGGCCAUCUAGUCCAACCCCCUGUAACGCGGGCAUCUUUUUGUUUGUUUUAUACACCUCCCACCAUAUGAAAAUUUUGCAGUAGUGUACAAAGAAAGAUAAGAAGAUUAAACUAAAAUACAGAGUUAAGGCAGAGUUAACUUGUGUCUGUGAGAUCAGCAUAGACAAUUUCCAGCAAUGCUAGCCGGACAAAGCCUGUUGAUUUUUUCUUUUCUUUUAAGAAGUCUGAAGGAGCUCCUGAAAGAGCAGGUUGUUGCCACCAUCCUAGUUUCAUGGGGGUAAUAUAUUUACAAAGUGUGGGUGCCACCACCUGUAAAGCUCUGCCCCAGGCAGUCAUUUAAAUGUACUUCCAGGGACCUUGGCCCUUAUAAGAGGACCUCACUUGAUGAACUUUUAAUUGCUUUUGCUUACCAGAGACUGUGCCAAGACAUUUCAUUUCUGCUAUGUUUGAAUUCAUGGUACUCCAGUCUUGCACUGUGACAGCAAAUUCCUUUGAUUGUAUGUGAAUGCCCAGCAAGUACCAUAUUUUUCUGUGUAUACGAUGCUCCAGUGUAUAAGAUGCCCCCUAUUUUGGGGGACUCAAAUUUAAGAAAAUGGGGGGGGGGGAUGCAGAAAAUCACUAACUCAACUGACAAAUGCUGACAAUCGCUCACAUCACUGAAGCCAACAGCAGCCAGCAAUUGCACGCCCAAUUGACACAGCAGCAGCCAAUCCAAAGCAGCCCUUGCAGCAGCAACCAAUCACCCGCCCAAUUACCGCAGCCGCCACCAAUCCAAAGCAGCCCUUGCAGCAGCAACCAAUCACCCACCAAAUCGCCACUGACAAGUUCUUGCUCUGCUCAUGGCUGCAACCAAUCACCAGUCCCCCCUAUGCACUAUCCAUGUAUAAGAUGACCCCCAUUUUUUAACAUUAUUUUAGAGUAAAAAACCCCCGUCUUAUAUACGGGAAAGUACGGUACUUGCAUUCACUUAGGAAGUUGCAUUUACACAGACUCAGACUAUUGGCCAAUCUAAUUCAGUACUGUCUAUCCUCACUGACCAGCAAUGGCUUUCCAGAGUUUUCAGGUAGCCUUUACCUGCAGAUGCUGAGAACUGAAGCUGAGCUCAGAGCAGAUGCUCCACCACUGAGCUGUGGCACUUCCUUCCACAUCCUCAGUUAAAAAUGGUGGCAAGCCAUCUGUUGCUUUUUAUGCCCUGAAAGGAGCUCUGGUAACACCCAGCAGUCCACAGGUGCACUCCCUAACCUGGAAACUGGAAACUUUCAACCUGUUAGUUCAGAAACCAGCUGCUUCAUUUCCAGUCUGCAAUUGUGUGGUGCAGUUCAGCAGAAGUGGUCUUUGUUCCUUGCUACCAAAUACAUCUUUAUGGGGAGGGGGGAAAUGAAAGUUGGCUGUCCUUGGAUCGGUGUUUGUUUGUGUGUUUUUUUUUCCUUCAACCAAAGCUGCUUUUGUAUCCUGUUGCUUAGAAAAACUGUUUGCAGGAAAAAAGUGAAAAUAAAACAUGAGAAGAAUUCGCUUCUAAACCAGCGUGUCUAAUGCAGUCUUAAGAGUGGCAUUCUCAGGUGCUUCUUGAGAAACAAGCCCCACCUGUGUUCAGUGGGACUUCAAUCUCCAGCAAGUGUAUUUAAGGCGGCAGCCUUUGUCUAGCUAUCCUGUCUCCUCCACCCGGGGCUCUUGCAGUUUCCAAAAGAUGAGAGUUGUUGCAUUGUGGCUACUUAAAGGCUUUUGUCAUAGCCUACAGCUGCCCGGAACAUAAAUGUGUUUUUUAUGAAUAUGGAGAUACUUUUAACCUUUUAAAAUGAAUUCAGCCACCAACUGUUAUUUUCUAUCUCAUUACUCCUCUUCCAGUUAAGAGGUGGUUCAAUUAAAAUAUGUUCGAUGAAGAUGUUGUUUAAAAAUAUUUUUAUCCUGAUGUUCAGCCGAAAAGGCACCUAGAGUGGCUUAUAUAAGAUGAAUAAUAAUAAGAAAAAACAGUUCCUGCUCACAAUCUGAAAGAUAUGACACAAAAAAAAGAAGAGGAGGAGGUUGGUUGGUUGGUUGGUUUUUUGUUCUUGUUUUUAUUAUAUAUUUUGUGCUUGUUGUGAACUGCCCUGAGAUCCGCAGAUGAAGGGCAGUGUACAGAUUUAAUAAACAGAAUAAAAAUCCAGUUUUUAAAGUUAUAAUAAGCAGCUGGAACAGAAGCAUCCCAGGAGGGGGGGGGGGCAAAUACAGCUGGAUCAUGUUUGCACCAUAUGUUUAAAGCACAUGGCCUCCCUCAAAGAAUCCUGGGAACAGUCGUUUGUCAGGGUCCUGGGAAUUGUAGCGGUGUGAAGGGUAAAAUGCAGUUCCCGGAAUUUAUUGCAGUAAGUGAUAGGUAGUAUGCAACUAAGUUUUGCUCAGAGAAGAUCCACUGAAAUUUACGGGCUUAACUUAGCUCUGCUCAUUCAUUUGAGUGGGUUACUCUGUGUGAUAAUCAGCUAUAUUUUAUGCCGUGUGCUUUAAACUAUGUGGCUGUGGCCGGAGCCCUCAGCAGACUUGGCAGAGAACCCCCUGCUUCCCAUCUCCCUUUCUGCUGCUUUCUGGCAGAAAGGCUGCCUGCCUGCCUGCCUGCCUGCCUGCCUUUGGAUGCAGGGAGGCCUCAAAUGGAGCUGACCUCCAAAAGAACAAAUGGAGUAGUCCAGUAGUUCAGUCUCCUGCCGUCUGAUGUGAUAUAUUGCAGUUUCUCACAUUUCAGCUUGUAUUAAAUGAAUUCUGGCUUCCAUUCUGUGUUUUAUACCGUAUUUUUCGCCCUAUAGGACACACUUUUUCCCCUCCAAAAAUGAAGGGGAAAUGUGUGUGCGUCCUAUGGGGCGAAUGCAGGCUUUUGCUGAAGCUAUCCGCAAGCCGUGGGAGCCUGGCGCGACUUCACGCAGCUCUCCCACGGCUUGCCAAUAGCUGCCUGCAGACUUCGGGUUUCGGGCUUUGCGCAGCUCUCUGCAAGCCGUGGGAGAGCUGUGUGAAGUCGCGCAGCUCUCCCAAGGCUUGUGGAGAGCUGCCUGCAUCCUGAAGCCUGGGGUGCGCUGAACUCAGCACGCCCCAGGCUUCGAGCUUUGCGCAGCUAUCCGCAAGCCGUGGGAGCCCGGCGCGACUUCGUGCAGAUAUCCGCAAGCCUGGGGAGACCGGCGCGACUUCCCACCAGGCUCCCUAGGCUUGCGGAUAGCAGCCUGUUCUGCGGUCGGGGGAAGCUCAGGCUUCCCCCGCCCCAGCCCCGUGCCUGGGGGGGAAAUUUUUUCCCCCUUUAUUUCCCCCCCCCCCAAAAAAAAACUAGGUGCGCCCUAUGGGGUGAAAAAUACGGUACUUUUGAUUGAAACGUCCCCCAUGAUUUGGGGGCUCUUGUAACCUGACAGCUGUUUGACAUGGCAAAACAGGGAAAAAAAUAUAUUUUUGUAUUUAAGCUAUGUGUAACACCAAACUAAUGAUACAUAUUCUUUAUCUUUAUACUGUAUGUUAUAUCACUGAUUAACGUCAUUCUCCACCUGCAGAAUAGGCAACAUUGUGCAGCUAUAAAGGCCUUGGAGUGUUUAUCUCUGCACUUGGAUGACUGUGGACUAAUAGCUGCAGAUUUUAAGUGAGUAACAAAAUACAGAACUAUACUAACUUCCUUUGUCAUUAAAAUGUUCUUAGUAUUUGAAAUGCAAUAGAUCCAGUGUUGUUGCCCGAGUGGAAAAACCCUCAGUCCUGAUUCAUAGCUGAAAUUCCUUACUUGUGUCCCAGACAGGAAUUCAAUUCUUAAAAGAUAUCCCUGAUUCUUGUUCUUCUGAAUGUGUGCCUGUUGGUUCCUGGAGGCUUACUGCUGAUGUUUGCCAUUAGAUGAACACUUCCACCAGUGGAGCUAGUCUGCUAGGGCCAGUGGGCCACGGCUCCAUCCACUUCAGCCUGACCCCGGCCCUCACCGGCCUUCUUACAACUGAGGAAGGGGUGGCUUGGGCUGUCGUUGCCUUGGGCUCCCUGCCUUGCACCCUAGGAGGCGCAAUGGGCCCCACUGGAGUUGACCAGGGAAGGGAUGCUCAUCCUCUUCUUACCAAGCAACCUCAUACUUAUAUUACUCUGGGACCAGAGAUAACCGCGAUGCUACGUUGUCCAAAAGGCCACCAAAUCCAAUGCACGCUCAGCCUGGGCAAAAAGGGGAAAACACUAUCAGAAAACGCAAAUAACCACGUAAAAGCAACAGUUUAGAGGUACCGCUGCCUGCUAAUGGGGGGGGGGAGUGUCUGAACCAUAGGGAAGUAGGGUAGAAACAUAUGGAAUAUGUGGGGGGGAGAGAUGAGGGGACAGUUGCAGAAGUUAUGCCCUGCAGGAUGCAUUCUGCCUUCCCUUAUGUGCUUGUGUAGGUGCUCUGCCCUGGCAUUCCUAGUUGCUGAAACAGAGCCUGGUGUUGUGUUUCUGUGUUCUGGAGCGCGGAGGUGAAGUACCUCUUAGGAGCCUAGGCACAUAAUGGUUAGCAAAGUGCUCAAAUUCCCCUGUGCGAUGGGAGGCCAGGUUGUUUUCUCGCAAAGUGCUCCCUUUGUGUGUGAAGUACCCUUUCUCCAUGCCUACCUAUUACAGAAUUGUUCCAUGUGAGCACCUAAGUGUUUACAGCAUGAGGCUAGAAAGAUACAGCCCUGUGAUAUAAACCCUCUCAGCUGAGUCACCUCAGUGGACCUCUUAAAUCCUGGUCUCCCUGUCUGGGGUUUAUAUACUGGCAGUAGCAUGCUGUGUGAUUGAGUGGGCUUUUGUAGUAGUAGUAGUAGUAGUAACAAGAACAACAACAAUAAUUUGUUGGUUGGUACCCCGCCCAUCUGACAGGGUUGACCCAGCCACUAUGAGCGGCUUGCAACAUAUAUAAAAACAUAAUAAAACAUUACACAUUAAAAGGCUUCUCCUUGCAGGGCUGCCUUCAGAUGUCUUCUAAAAGUUAUAUAGUUACUUAUCUCCUUGACAUCUGAUGGGAGGACAUUCAACAGGGAAGAUGCCACCACCAAGAAGGCCCUCUGCCUGGUUCCCCGUAGCUUCAGUUCUUACAGUGAGGGAACCGCCAGAAGGCCCUCAGUGCUGGACCUCAGCAUCUGGGCUUAAAGUGGUGUUGGAGAUGCUCCUUCAAGUUUACGGGCCAGAGGAGAUUUAGGGCUUUAAAGGUACAGGGAGACAAUAUAGGUCUUUCAGGACCGGUGUUACAUGGUCUCGGCAGCCACUCCCAGUCACCAGUACAGCUUCCACAUUCUGGAUCACCUGUAGUUUCCGGGUCACCUUCAUAGGUAAGCUUCCCCCAUAUGCUAAACUCUGCCGUGGUUAUUUUUAAACCCCUCCUUCUCAUUUAGCUGAUGGGAUGGGCAUUUAUUGCAACGAGGGCUAAAAAGUUCCACUGUUGAAUAGGGGUCAUGGAUAGAAAAGGUGCAGGCUAUGGCAUGGGUGUGCUCCUCCCUGCGCUACCUUCUCCCACCUGCAUUUCUUGACAUGUUUCAGCCAUUCCACCACUGGAACAUUCUUCCAGUAUAUUGGGGAAGCUCUGCCAGCAGAUCAGUUAUGCUGGUAGCAUAUGUCAGAUUCUGCCGAUGUUAGCAGGGCUUCUUCCAUCAAAUCCUUUUUUAAUAUUUAUACAUUCUUUAUUAGGUUUUCACAUUUUUAUAUGCCUUAUCUCUCACCAAUUCAAACAUCAAAUUUCAAGGUUCUCUGAACCUUCAGACUUCAUCCCCUCCCUCCCAUGGGUUCAUAUAUUAAAAGUUUAAGUUUUCUGCAUCUUAAGCUUUAUCCAACUAUUGUAUAUCCCUAGUUAUCACAAUCAAUUUCACAUUACAAAUGUCAUUUCAAUGCUACCAAUGAUUUUAACUGUUUACAAUGGUUUUUUAAGUAAACUACAAAUUUACUUCAGUCUUUGACAAAUACUUGAUCCUCUUGGUUUCUGAUCUUCCCUGUCAAUUUCUCCAUUUCUGCGUAUUCCAUCAAUUUCAUCUGCCAUUCUUCCUUUGUUGGUAAUUCUACUUCUUUCCAUUUUUGGGCUAGUAACAUUCUCGCUGCCGCCGUUGCAUACAUAAAAAAGUAUUUUGUCUUCUCUUGGUAUUUCUUCACCUAUUAAACCUAAAAGGAUGGCCUCUGGUUUCUUAACAAAUGUAUUUUUAAACAUUUAAUUCAUUAUAAAUCAUUUCUGAUAAGUCUUUUACCUUAUGACAUGACCACCACAUAUGGCAAAAUGUACCUUCUCUCUCUGUACAUUUCCAACACAUAUUUGAUUUGGUUUUAUAUGUUUUUGCAAUCUUGCUUGGUUAUGUACCAAUAGUACAUCAUUUUCAUAUAAUUUUCUUUCAACAAACAGCAUGAAGUAAUUUUUAUUUCCUCUUUCCACAACUAUUCCCAAGAUAAAAGCUGAAUAUUUAUACCCAAAAUCUCUAGCACAGUGUAUCAUCACUGCCUUAACUUCUUCAUCUUUCGUAUGCCAUUCCAACAAUAGUUUGUAGAUUUUUUAUAAUAUUUUCACCUUAUUUUCCAGCAGAUCACUUUCAGAUCUUGAUCUUUCUGUAAUAAAUCCUCUUUUUUAAAAUCUACUUUAAAAACAUCGUUUAAUUGGUAAUACUGUAGCCAAUCUAUUAAUAAUCCUCUUAUUCAAUUUUAAUUGGCCAUCUGCCUCUAUCAGCAAUUCUUUAUGGGUGGCCCGAUACCCUUUCAUGUUUACUUUUUUAACUGAAAUUGCUUCCAAUGGGGAGAGCCACCAUGGUGUUCUUCCCUCUAAUAAGUUUUUGUAUCUAUCCCAUACCUUGUGGAUUGAUUUCCUUAUCACGUGGUUGAGGAAUCCUUUGUGUACUUUUGUUUUUAAUAUUUAAUGCUGUAUUGUUUUUAACACUCUAUUAGAAGCCGCCCAGAGGCUGGGGAAACUCAGUCAGAUGGGCGGGGUAUAAAUAAUAAAUUAUUAUUAUUAUUAUCAUUAUUAUUAUUAUACCAUAAAUAUGCAUGCCACCCAAACCUAUUAUCAUGUCCUUCCAGAUCUAAUAAAUCUGUAUUUUUCAACAAAAUCAAAUCCCGCAACCAGCAAAGACAGGACACCUCAUAAUAGUUUCAAACGUUCCAUCAAAUCCUAGAGCUCAGGCAGUGGAUCUUCUAUAUAAGAUUGCACCCCAGAAUUGCAGAAUAAAUGAUAACGAUGAGAUGCAUGGAGGUGGCCUGGCCUUUCCAGAGGACAGGCUGAUGCUUCGAGUCAAUAGGAUUACUAAGAAUAAUUUGCUGUAAUUUAUUUUGCCUACAGGUGUUUGGUUCCACUUAUAAUGUACAAAAUCAAUGGGAAGACUGGAGAAGAAAUGUGAGUUGCACUUCAUUCUUACAUCUGUUGUUAUUCACUUUGUACAAUGCGUAGGUGAAGAAGGUUAGGUGACCAGCUUGAACUGAUUUGCAAAGUAAAGAUAGAAUCCAGUAAAACAGAAUUAGCUCGAAGUUCUGCUGUUGCAUUGCCUUUUGGACCUGGACUCAAAAUUUCAUCUCAGCCAUGGACUCCAGAUGAGGAGUGAUAGUAGCAAAGGCACUGUUUGUCAGCCUUUGCUCUCCACCUGUGCAGUUACAGUAACAGCAGCGCUCCUCAAGGCUGUUGGGAAGAUGCAGUAAUAUGAACUGUUAAUGCAUUUGCAGUUCUUCACCAUUUUCCUAACAGUGAGAGGUGAACUUUGCGAUGAAGUACAUUUUCCUGAAGGGAGGAGGGGAUCCUCAAAUGGGUUGUCCCUCCUGCCACUUGAUCCACUAGGCCAGGACUGGGCUGCUUAGAGGAUUAGAUGAAGAACCCGCAAACCACAGGAGGAUUUUGAACGAAGAGGCGACUUGGAGGGACCAGGAAAGAAAAGAGCUUUUGGUUGAACAGGAGAAAGAGAAAGAGGCCGGGUCCUUAUGUUUGUUAGAUCUCUUUUCCUUGAUUUGUAGGGCAACCUCAUUCCAGUUCUUUCCUGCCUAACUCCCUAUGCAGGUCGGGUGACGGAAGGUUUUUGUCAUUCUUGUUGGUUAAGGAGAAAUAAAGUUUUCUGGAUUCUUUGUGAGAGCGUAUCUACUGAGAAAGAUGGCCCAGCCUGCUAUGAGGCCUGGUAGCCUUCUAUUUUCCAGCAGAUUUCUCUGAUGGGGAGGCUGGGGGAGCUGUCUCCCUGACUGCAGCCCCUGAGGGAGGUUAUAGGAGUGUUGCUCCCAAGGUUCGGCAGUCAAGCCCUGUUAAAAACUGGGUGCAUGCAUCUGCUGAGGCUUCCUUCAGCAGGCAAGUCCUACACUGUCUCAGUAGAUGGGUGCCUGUCUGGUAAGCUUUUCAGUACCACAUUCGAGAAUCCUCUCCUCCCUGCAGGAAGAUGUGACAUUGGACCUACUGUGAAAGUUUGUUUACUUCAGGGAAUGGACGGGACCUUACCUGCCCUAGGAGUUUGUUGUUGUUCUAGGCUGCAGAUUUGCCAUCUCAAGGACUCUAGUCUGCACUGUUAAGACGGCACAGGGCUAAAUUGUUUUCUGGCUUUUCUAUUCUGAGGGAGCAUUGUUCAAAUUUUUAUGUUUAGAGGUUUUUCCCUCUCCUCUAUUUUGCCUUUUAUUGGCUUUUGUUCCCCUCAUUAGGCCGCUCUUUCCUGGUAUGUGCUUUUGCAUUUUCAGUUUGCCUCUCUGAAACUAGAGUGAGCUUGUUCUCCCAAUUGAGGUCAAGAUGCUUAAUUGUGUAAGGACCUGCUUAAUGGAGCAAGUGGGAGAGAGAAGCCACCUGACAUUCCUUGUCGAAAAUGAACCUUCACAUUAGGUCCAAUAUCACAUUUUAUCUCUUACAUUGCACUGUUUAGAGCAAGUUUGGUAACUUCCUCCCCUACUUCAUUUUUAGAACGUCUGAUUUGGAGAACCUUCUAAAAUACUUGACUGCAGGUAUGUAGCUUGCUAUGUUAUAGCACUUCUCACUCACUUAGCAAGUGCAAAAUAAUUUGGGGUGCUGGUGGAAAAAGACAUCUUGUUUAGUUCAAUUCCAUGACAGAAGCUUGCUUAGAUUAUUUUUUUAAAGUCCCAGUUCCUUUAUCAUUUUGCAUAUUCCUGCUCCAGCAUACUAUAGAUAUGAUGAAGAAUUCGGAAAGGACAUGACGACAUUUGAAACAAGAGUUAAUGAAGUUCAAUGGUUCAGGAAGACUGGUAAGUGGUAGUCUUAGGGUUUCAUGGAAGCAGCUCCUUCUGGGAUGAAUUGAAAUUCCCCUCACUUCUCUUAACAGUUUAGAGGCCAAAUCCUAGACUUAGAGCAACAAGGUCAUAAGCUAAGGAGAAUAGGGUGGGAAGAUUCUGCUGAUGUGGUCUUAGCAGUGUAUCAUUAACCAAAAGGCAUCACAGUUCCCUCUGGGGACAGAUACUUAAAAUGAAAAUAAAAUACAUUUAAAGGGGUCACAACUCUCCCUUUCAGUCACCCAAAAAUAAGGAACAGCAAUGACAGAUUGCAGUAAAUCUGUUGCUUACAUACAAUGAACGGUGUGGGUUUUCUUGCACAUUUAAGGUGUGCACCCUGGUGAUUUUGCUCAGCAGUUACUCAUGGCAACUGAUUUACAUGACCUUUUUGUCACAUGAACAUUAAUUCCACAGUAGAAGUGAGGGAUUCAAAAAGGCCAAAAAGGGGGAAAGGCAACAUAGGUUGUAUAGUAACAAUAUAGUUGAUGGGGUCUCUGUGGAGUUCUCUGCUUAUAGUCAGAAUCUUGUUUUGUGGCACAAACGUUUUAAUUGACAAAAUGAUCACCUAUUGAAAUAAGAUAUUGAUGCCAAACGACUAGUUGUUUCCAGUUGAUCCUAAAUGCAUGUCACAUCAUAUUUGAAGUUAAUACUGAGCCUACUUAACCUGUCAGAAGAGACAAAGCAGAGUUGUUGAUUUUUGUGGUGUGUUUUAAAUCCUGUUCUUUCUUACUUGCUCUCUAAGCUUGGACCUUUGCUGCCAUGUCGGGCGGCUGCCUGAGACUAACAAAGGAUUUAUUUCUAAUUUCAUUCAAGGUAUGUGCUUCUGCUAACAUUCUGUGUGCUGCAAUGAAUGGUUUUAUUUUCAGCUCAGCGAGAGUCCGCAAUCAAAAAGCUCUUCGGAGCAUGUCACUUGGUACUUCCUAGAUUUGAGUGUGUCAGUCAUGUAUUGUGUGCCAUGUUACUGAACCGGGUCACAGAAAGCUAACAGUUGAGUACUGUGAUUUGGCAAGUUUGCCAUUGCUGCAAAUCUGUUAACUGAUUUUACUGAACCAUAAUUAACUCUAUCACAUAGGGAGAAGAGGUCUUACCAGCUUUAAGUCCUACUGUACAACUUUCACUAAUACUCAGUAUGUCAACCUGGAAUUGUUAAUAAGAAAAUAUUUUGUUGAGCCAACUGUGUUUAAACUUAGUGGCCUGGGGUGGAAAUCAAAAUCACUUCUGUUCCAUUCUGAGGAGUGCUUUAAACUCUUCGCCCUGGGUUUUGACACUUAGAUGUUUAUUUUUAGGACCUAGCUUAUUUUUUGCGAUUUUGUUUUAAACUGUUUUUAAUAUUGCUUAAUAUUGUGUUUUAAUGCUCAUGUUGUUGUUCCAAUUGGUGCAACCUGCCAUGGGACCUUAGGGUGAAGGGUGGGUAAUAAAUUGUAAUAAUAAAUAAUAAUAAUGAUGAUGAUGAUGAUAACACUAAUAAACAUUGGUUAGCUGGGGAUUCAGUAGAUGUAGAAGCAGCCUUGUGAUUUACUGCCAGCAGAGAUCUAUUUAAGGUAGAGAAGCUUUUGGAGAAGUCAGGUUGCUGUGUCCUGUUGAAGUGUAAAGGAACGUGUUGAGCUAUAACGGAGUGUGGGCAGCAGGCAGACAAGAGUAUCCCAGCCAUCUGGCAAAUCCACUUGGAAUCCAAAUCCAAAAAUCCUUUUUUCAAUUGUGGUCAGAUGCGGUUCUAAACAGUUUGCUCACAUUUUACAUGGGGGUUCGGUUCCAAAGGGUCCACGCAUACACAGUAACCCAGGUGGACCCAGCACUGAAAGAGCUCUUAAAUUCUCCACCUUGCUUGCCAGGCAAGGUCAUCUCAGUAUGCCAUCUCUGAAAGCCUUGGGAUGUUUGCAUGAGAUAUCGCAGGAACUCGGAUUGCCCUGCAAGAUCUCGCAAGAGCAUCCCAGAGCUGGUACACUGAGUGAGCCUUGUCCCCCGUCCCCCUGCCCCCAGCAAAGCAGAGAGCUUGAAAGUUAUUUUUGUGUUGGGUAUCCCCAAGUAUACCUAGGGUGAACUUUGAAGCUCUGCCUGGCUUGGUAUAUGGUUGAAAUAGCACAGGUUAAAUGCACAUAAGUGCUGCCAAAUAAGUUUAAUGGUUUGUUCCAACAGCUUCCAAGUAGAGGACUGUGUGUAUCGUCAUAGAUUUUGGUAGAAUCAGUGAAAGCUAGAACUAACAAAGGUUUAAGUAAACUCUGCCAAACGUGGAUAUUUCUGGACUUAGCCCAUGCUGGCAAGGCUGGUUGAGGGUAGCUAUUAAGAAAUAGUGGCUCAUCAGUGAAACCACCACCAGGGCAAGAUAUUUUCUGCAUUGGACAGAGGGGAGAGUUCCCAGGGUUACUGUGGGCAGAGAAAGAUUUAGGAUUUCAGCUUCUAUGGCAUAGGAAAAGAGGGGAGCAGGCAGGCUGUGCCCACAGGAAAAAGGUGUUGUUUUACACGAGGCUUCGGUUUUCUCUCUCGAAAGUGUCUUUGGGAAGGAGAAGGGUGGAGCCAGAAUUCCGGACAGAGGUCAUGCAGGGCAGAACCAUCUUGUUUAGGGAAGUUUUUAAUGUUUGAUGUUUUAUUCUGUUUUUAAUCUCUUGGGAGCCACCCAGAGUGGCUGGGGAAAACCAGCUGGAUGGGCGGGGUAUAAUUAAUUAUAAUUAUAAUUAUUAUUUAUUGAUCCCCUCUUGAGAUUAAUGCCCUGAACUCUCCAGUGUAGACCGAGGUGUAAAUACAUGCCCAAUAAACCAUAUUUCCUAAAGACACAUAGGUUUCUCAAUGAAAACACUGCCCUGCCUGAGCAGCUAGAACCCCCUGGAGCCUUGCUACCACAUGGCAGAUUGGGGGUGGCAUGCUGCAACCUUUGAAUCAGUAUGUAUUUCAGAAAGGUGGGUUGCUAGGCAUGGUCUUCACUGCAACAUUCAGAGUCUUUCAGGCUAUAGUUGAGAUGCUAAGAUGGGCUGGUAAGUUUAGGGGAAACCACAAACAUCCCAAUUAAUCAUUGUCAUGAUGGUGGUAAAUAUUGCAAAUUUGAGAGAAUUUGUUCAGAUCAGUAGACCCUGUUUUGAAAGUGAGUUCAGAAGAAGGGGGUUUCCCAGGGAAUAAGUGGAUUAUCCUGGCUUAACCUUUGAGAAACUGUUCCAGGUUAGUUCAGCCUCCCUAGGGCAGCAUUCACUGACCAUGUGACAUUGCCACAGGUGGGGAAUGUGGGAAUAUCACCAAGUUUCCUUUUACCAAGCUGCUUCAGCAUCCUAUCUGUGCUUCAGUGGAACUCUGCAUACUGCCUGUGGCUAAGAGGUGGAAGAUCUUUUAAUGGCAGGAGCUGGACAUGUUUCAUAGAGUUGUAGAGUCCAACCCCCUGCAAGGCAGGAAUCUCAGCUAAAGCAUCCCUGACAGAAGGCCAUCCAGCCUCUGUUCAAAAGCCUCCAAGGAAGGAGAGCCCACCACUUCUCAUGGGAGUCUCUUCCACUGCCAAACAGCUCUUACUGUCAGAACGUUUUUCCUGAAUUUUUAGUCAGAAUCUCCUUUCUUGAAACUUGAAGCCAUAGAUUUGAGUCCUACCCUCCAGAGCAGGAGAAAACAAGCUUGCCCCUGUGGCAGCCCUUAAGAUAUUUGAAGAUGGCUACCAUAUCUCCUCUCAGUCUCCUCUCUUGCUAAACAUACCCAGCUCCUUCAAGCGCUCCUCAUAAGGCUUUGUUUCCUGCCUUGAUUUCCAUGUUUAACAUGAAAGAUACUGUUAGAAGGCUUUCUUUGUCACCAUGUAAACAAGGCCUAGCCGAACUAUUUUCAGUUUUGCUCAGAACAUCAACGAUUGGUUGUGAGCUUUGAAGAUGAAUGCUGCAGUAAAUACCCGAAAGGGCUUGGGCAUGCCCCUCAAGCACGUUGCGCUCCAGAGCUCCUAUUGCUUCUGUCCUGGCCCUUCAUAGGAACCUUGGAGGGUCAGAUUUGGCGGGAUCAGAGAGGUAGAAGACUUGGGCUCUGCAAUGUGGAGGGAGAGUGGGAGGGAGAGUUGGAGUGUGUUUGUGGAGAGAAAACCCUCUGGCAUCCAAAGAAAAGGGACAACAAUCACAUUUCUAUUAAAUGUUUCCUGUUGCAGUUUGCUCGGCUUUGUCCUGCUGAGAAAACCGUUCUGCUUGACCAGAGAUUAUGCCUGCUUAUGGCUAUUGCCAUUGGUCUUGAAAUGGGACGGAACAGCUCUACUGGCCAGGUAGAGUUUGGAUGAAGUAAGAAUUCUACACCCCUCCCUUUUGUGGCUAAUGCUUUAUGCAAGCUCGAAGGUACAGCCGAGUUUCUGUUUGAUGUGGAUUCGAUGCUGAGAGGACAGUCACCCACUUCCUCUUUGGAAAUCUGGGAAUUUAUGUACCACUUUUCAUAUAGCAGCAUAAGCAGGGCUCCAACCCCCCCCCCCCCAUAAGUUACGCAAUUUCAAACAUCAAUUAGAAACAUUAGAAUCACAUUUGGAGGACUCUGGGUAAACUGGACUUCCUCAUGGGAUAUCCAGGCCAUCUUCCUAGCCCUUCCCACUUCACAAACUUGCACACUUCCUCCCCUCUGGAAUUUAUCUGGAGAGUUUUGCAGCUGCAUUUGAGCAAGUCAAGGAGCUAAAAUCCUAUGUACGGAAUGCAACACCCCACCCCAACUGCCUUACCCAGAGAAUAGUGCAACUGUUAUGGUUCAAAAGUGGUUUCCCCCCCACAAUUAUAUAUUUGUUUUCAAAUCAGAAUGAACUACUGGUGGAGGCCCUCCGACACAUAGAGAUUUGUUGGGAUAUCGGGAGGUAUCUGAAAGAAACUGGUGAGUUGGAGAUUAUGCAGUACAAAGUGCUGCUGUUGACACAAUGUAUAUCUGCCCAAAGAAGUGGGUGGGACUCUCAUCUUGCUUUGGUAGACGCUGGUACAGUGACUUCUCUUGGGAUGCAGGAAAUACAUGCAGCGCAGGAGAAUGAAGAACAAAAGCAUGAUGCUGGAGAGCUGGGUGGGAAGGUAUGAAUUAUUGCUGCACAAGUUUCUUGGAACCUAGGCAUAUUUGCUCAGAAGUCAGUUCCACUGAACUGAAUACAAUUUAUGCCCAAGUCAGUGUCGAUUGCAAGCAUAGUGUUGUAAGUAUACUACUUAUAGUUGCUGCUUACAAAUGUUAAGCCAUAUGUGGUGGUUGGUGGAAGAGCUGGAAGGAAUAAAAAAAAGCUUGACCCUGAGACAUAUGGUGAGAGGAGACCAAAAAUGCCCCUGCAGCAGAGAUCUUUUCAGAGGUUCAAGCCUGCUUCAGAUGGUAGUCACCAUCUUUGAGGACUACCUGUACCCCUGGACAUCCAGUGCUCUCUUUAAAAUUCCUGGGGCAGACUGCGGAUGAAAUUCCUGGUUUAAGACGGCAGAUGAAACUAUUCGUGAUGGAAACUUGCAAGCAAACACCUUGAUGCUAAGGAACCUUGUUAGCCUUAGAACUGAAACAAGCUCCUAGCCUUUGUCUUCACUACCCUUCACAGAAGACAUGUCAAACUCAAAAUAAUAUUUUGGUGUGUAGUCUUGGCUUCCAAAUUUCAGAUAUUUGUGUAAAUAUCAGACUGCUCGUUGGGUUUAAUGACAAAUCAUCUGCCUGAAGCGGUCACCUUUUGCCACUAUGUAGCAGGGCCAAAUUUGUAUCCCGGGUUUGUAUCUUACCCACAGAAACUAGUACGGUGGUACCUCUGGUUGUGAACGGGAUCCAUUCCGGAGCCCCGUUCGCAACCUGAGCAGAACGCAACCUGCGCAUCCUCGUGAUGUCAUUUUGAGCGUCUGCGCAAGUGGCGAAACCCAGAAGUAACCCUUUCCAGUACUUCCGGGUUGCCGUGGGACGCUACCUGAAAACAUUUUAACCCGAAGCAUCUUUAACCCGGGGUAUGACUGUAUAGCAAAGGCAAAGGAUCUAUAUUCUCCUUCAGCUAAGUGUCUAUCGAUUUAAGGGUCUGCCAACCUCAGUACACAAGCUGAUUUAGCGACCAGCUAACAUGUGACUCUCCUUCUACUCAAAAGGCAACUUUUCUGAAGACUCAUCAGAUACGUUACUUCUCCUGUACGAGUUUGAGGCAAGAGUGAAGCUCGGUGACCCGAAAGUAAUCAGUCUUCUGGAUACAAUUUUGGAAAGGCCCAAUAUCGAUACUAAGAUGCUGGAAUCAAUUGCCUGUAAGAGCCAUGUUUGCAUUUCAUUUGCUUGGUGGGACCAUGUGUGCUCCACAGCCCAGUGAAUUACUAAUCUUUUGGAUCUCUGUGGGGCAAACUAUUGCAUUCACGGGCCUCAUAUUGCCACAACCAUUUCUUUUGCUUUCCUGUUAGUAGUUCAGCUGCAGCCUGCCUUGUAGAAGUUUUGGACCAGAGUUAGUGGUAGUGGAAGAAAGACAGGCUUCUGCCACUCAGACAGUUCGCUUUCCAGUAUCUGGCAUUCCGCUCCCUGCAACCCGAUUGGCAGUCUUUUGUCCAUGGCAGUAUUAUUGCUACAGUGGCCACCAGCUGAUCAAAAGAGGUGGUUGAAUUUGUUUGAUACCAGCUCAGGUAAACGGCAACAUUUGAAGCAGGAAAGAUUUUCAGCUUCCCCUGUGCUUUUGACUGGUGCAGUCAGCAUUUUCCUCACCAGGCAGACUGAUGUAACAUAGCAUAGCAACAGAGCUUCGCACUUCUGAAAGUGACUCUCUUGUCUUGCCUUCCUUUCUCCAGCGCUGGCCAUGGCUCCACCGGCUUACUACCCUUCACUCGCCAAGAAGGCCCUCAGAAAGCUUUUGACUAUUAGCAAAUGUGAACCCUUCGAUGGACUCACUUUCAGGUAAGGAUGAGCUACACUAAGGGCUAUGCAUCCUGGCCAGCGGAAUCUCAGUGCGAUCUGCUUUGCAACCUUGUUUACAAGUCCAGGGAGGGGAACUGACUGUCAGCAUUCUACUACUUAACCCGUGUUGCUCAAAUAGAACUCAGCAGGGAAGAUGAUGCAGACAAAACUAGAGCUAGUUGCCUCUGCCUGUCAUUGGUUUUGGCCGCACCAACUGUUAAGUCUCCCUGCCUUCCUGCCCUUUAAAUCCCAAUGGGUACCUGCUACCACUUAUUACAGCUGUUUUCUUAAUGAGAUGGGGUACGUGUUGUAAGUGAAGUCCUUGAUGAGGCCUCUUUCCUUACAUUCUUCCCAGCAAAGGAACCCACCUGCAUUCCUUCCUCCAUCUGAGUGACCCAAUUGAUACCACUGGGUAGUGAAGGGCUCUGCUCGGGUGUUUAUACUUCACCCUUUGAAGAGGUUGGAAGUUUGGAAAGGAAUCUACUGUCCCCUUGGAGAAACUUUGCUGUGUGCUUCUUUGGGGAGGAGUGUCAAACUGACAACUGCUUUGCAGAUGAGUCAGAAGGGCAUUCUACACAUGCUUGCAUUGAAUUCUCUUUCCCUUUUCUUUCCUGAUAUUCAGCAAAUGUAUACAUAGCUUGAUUCAGCUUACUCUGCCAUCUGAUUUGCCUGGAGCAGAUCCAUAUGCACUGGUGGAGUCACAGGGCUACUUUGAAGAAGCUCUAAAGAUUUUGGAUAGCAUGGUGAGGAGGACGUGCCAUCAAAAUUAUUUCCACAUGCUUCUUUCCUGGUAAUGGCAGUUGGGCUGGGAAUUCAUAGCUGUCAGGGUUUCCUUUCUUCCGGAGUCACUAGAAGUGGCCACCUGUGCACCAUAGACCUUGCCAGGUCUAAGUAAUGAUAUAUGGCCUCAAUAUCUAAAAGGUUUUGGGUGACUGACAUGCACUGCUUCAUGUGGUUGGGUAGGGGCUUGUGAGCUGAGCUCUUCUGAGCUGUAGCCCAGGUCCUUCUGAACCAAAAUUUGUCUGUAGCCAACAUAAGUGCUCAAGAAAUCCUGCCAGAUUUCCUCAAAAGCUAUUGUGCUGCAUCAAACUCUCAUAUUCUUUCAGUUUACACUAGAACUACAGCCUCAACGUGAAAACCCUGAUCAGUGCUGUUUUCUCCUGGUUACUGGCAGGUGCUGCGGUCCAGUUAUCCAGAUGAAGAAAUAUUCUGGCUCAUGGUUAGAGCUUGGAACAUAGGAGUAUACUACAACACUUUGGCCAGAUAUGUUACAGCUGAGCAAUGGUGUCGCGUAGCAAUGUUCUUCUUGAAUCACCUGAGAGAUAUAUGUACCAGCUACAGGAGAAAGGUAUGGAAGGAUGAACGAAACAGCUUAACUGUGGUUCUAGAAUACGCAGGGAGAUGGCCUGUAUUGAGCAGGUGCAAACACCAUAGCAUGCAGUGGAUGCAAUAUGCUAAAUGGUAGGUAGUCCCUUUUACAUCCUGGAAUCACUAGCUGAGAUCAGCCAUGUUAAUCAUGAAGGGACCUUGGGUUAAGGAAUUUGCCCCUGGUGGAUGGGGGAAUAGGCAGAUAGACACAAUAUCUUGGGUCAAGUUUUCCCCAAAGUUUUCCUAGAAAGCUGCUUGACCUAAAUACAAGGGGCUCAAACUGCAUUAGACUCCCAGCAUUCAAUGCAUGACACUAAUUUGGCCUUUUUUUGGUGAUUUCUGCCCACAGAUGACCGCCUUUUACCAAGUAUUGAUGGACAGACUUCCAGGAGCAAAGGGACCCUCUCCAAAUAAGUGACAGAAAUCAAGUCCACAGCAAAGGCAGCUGGUGCUGCACUCAACUUACCAGUCAUUUUGUUGCCCAAACCAGAUAAAUAUUUUGGCUCAUGGUUAGAGCUUGGAACAUAGGAGUAUACUACAACUCUUUGGGCAGAUAGAAUACAGCUGAGCAAUGGUGUCAUGUUAGGUGAGAUAAACUACCACCUUCUAGUUUGUUAGAGAUGUUUGCCUGGAGUGGGGUUGUACAAUGAAUAAAGUAGUUUAGCAGUUGCAAUGACA